AUGAAGUUCAUUAACGACGUGAAAGAAUCUCUGCGUACCGAUGUCAACUGGGACCGUGCUGGCAGGUAUUCCGUCAUCGGUGCCAAAGCCGCCCCUGCCGCCGCCGCUCAAUACCUGGUGGACAAAGUCCCUAUUGUGGGAUGGCUACCCAAAUAUCGUCCUCGAUGGAUCAUCAGUGAUGUUAUCGCAGGCCUAACCCUCGGUAUCAUGUUGAUCCCGCAAAGCCUUGCUUAUGCUGCAAUUGCUACAAUUCCCGUCCAGCACGGGUUGAUGGCAAGUUGGUUGCCUGCCACCGUUUAUGCCUUUAUGGGCACGUCCAAAGAUCUUUCCACUGGUCCAACUUCACUGAUUGGUCUUUUGACUGCUGAGGUCGUCGAGUCUCUCGAGCCAGAGGGCUAUGAACCUGCUGCUAUUGCCGCUGCAGUUGCCAUGUGGAUGGGAGUCUACUCUAUGAUGCUUGGUUUCUUGAAGCUGGGGUUCCUCCUUGAGUUCAUCUCAGAGCCCGUUCUCACCGGAUUCAUAUCUGCCGCCGCUAUCAUCAUCGGUUCUGGUCAGAUCAAAAAUCUUAUUGGACAAAAGGGUAUCCGUUCCGGAUUCGCCAAUAUCGUACAUGACACAUUUGUCAAGUUGCCUAAGGCCGAUGGCGUCACUGCCGCCAUGGGCGUAACGGGCGUUCUACUUCUAUGUUUCCUUCAACAUGUGGGCACCAGAUGGGGUAAGAAGAACAAGGUUGCCUGGCUAAUCUCGAUUACUCGCGCCUUCACAGUACUCGUACUAUUCACUGGCAUCUCUUACGCUGUGAAUAAAAACCGUGGAGAGGAUGACUAUCUCUUCGCUGUCACGGAGAUGACUCACAAGGGCAUCAUUCCACCAGCCAUCCCACCUUCAGACCUCCUGGCGAAGACUCCAGCAAAAUCCAUUGCCGCUUUCAUUGCCGCGUCCGUUGAGCACGUCGCUAUUGCUCGUGCUUUUGGCGCACGUGGUAAUUAUCUGACAGAUCCUUCCCAAGAAUUGUGCUAUCUGGGAGUCACGAAUUUCUUCAACUCAUUCUUUACCGCUAUGGGUGUUGGUGGUGCGAUGUCACGUACCGCUGUUAAUGCUCAGUGCAAUGUUCGCUCUCCUCUAUCAGGAUUUGUGACUACCGCCGUUGUGAUCCUAUGUUUAUAUGAGUUGACAGGAGCACUCUAUUGGAUCCCGAAGGCCACCCUCGCUGCUAUCAUUAUAACGGCUAUCUGGCCACUUAUUGGUAGCUGGAGAACUUACUACCACUUCUGGAGAACAUCAUUGGCAGACUUCAUCGCUGCAAUGCUAGCCUUUUGGUUGACAUUGUUCGUCGAUGCAGAGAUCGGUAUCGGUGCUGGUGUCGGCUGGUCCAUCGUCUACUAUCUUCUCCGUAUGGCUUGGAUGCGUACGCGCAUCAUUGGCAGUCACUCGAAUUCCGCAAUCGUCAGGUCAAUUGACAACGCACGAGGCAUGCCAAGCCAUAUUCCAGAGGAUGUGCAAAUAUUCAAAUUCGAGGAGAGCGUCUUUUUCCCGAACGCAACAAGAGUCAAGAACCAGCUCGUGGACGGAGUUCAAACCUAUCAUGCACCUGCUUACUCAUCGGCAAAUGGCGCUGAGAAGGACCGCAUAUGGUCUGUCGUGGGAGAACGACGAGUUCAAAGGCUUCGGAAGAGGGCUGGCCUCGACAUCAAUACCCUUCCACCAGUACGCAUCGUCGUGAUGGACUUCACCAAAGUCACCUAUGCAGAUGUCACGGCGCUUCACGUGAUGAAGGAGGUGUUUGCCGAAGUAAAGAAAUAUGCUGGAGCCGACUGCGAGAUCCGGUUUGCUUCGAUGGCAGAACCUAUCAGAUUUCGAUUCGAACGUGCUGGAUGGGAGAUGAUCGACGCCGACUCGUCGGAUGGAAGUGGUAGCGAGAAACCCGCAGGUGCCAAAUCAGUCCGUUUUUACCGAUCUGUUGCAGAUGCCGUGGAAAGGCGGCCAAUCCUCGGUGAGAGUAUUGAAGUGGUCACCAAGGGUGAUGACGGAACCACGGAGCACCGAGAGAAGGUAUGA